CAAAGUUAUUCUGUCCUCUGUGCAGUGUAGACAAAGCUGCAUGCAAGUCGACAGUAAGAUCCUACCCACAAGACUGUAGCAGUACAACUAGCUGAGAUGGCCGGGCAAUGUUGACGCCAACAUCCACAAGCCUAGUAUAACGAAAAGGUUGAUCUCUGAUGGCCCGUAUUGAUACCACAUUCAUACCAGAGGCCAGUGAAUAUGACUCGGUCAUCUCGCCAAUCGUACAGACAGGGAACUUCUUCAUCAUGGACACGGAGCAGCUGGUCUCCAACCCAUUCAAGGAGCUCCAGAAAGACGCGGCCAAUGAGGCGCACAAGAAAAACUCCAUGACCGAGAGGCUGACGAGUGUCAAAAACAACAUCUGUGAGAACCACUUCGUCAUGACCAAGUCCAGGCUAGAACGACAGAAGACGAGCCGCCUCAAGCAGCUGCAUGACAACUCAAACAAGCUCAGACUAGAGGUUAAACUGCUGGAUCUGGACAGGCAUAGGAAUCACGUGGAGGUGAAGAAGAGAACACAGCCAGACAAAGACUACAGCUAUGACGACACGCUGGUCAGCAAGAUGGAGAAUCGGCUGGGGGCCAACAUCGCCUCUAUGUACCUGGACAAGAAGCUCACGUACCCCAUGAGGCUGAGGUCAGUCAAUGACAUUAAAGUCACACCCGUGAUACAAAAAGCUAGGGCGAGCCUCAAGUCCUACAGGCUCCAGAAAUCACUGGACGAGAACAUGACCAGCAGGUCGGACCGUGGUCAGUUCACCAAGUCCGCUACCUCGUCCUACACCAUCCCAAGUUCUGUGUACCGUAGACGAAGCUCUGCGCCAGUCUCCACGCGAUCUGAACCCGGGCAGACGUCCACGGCACUGCCGGACAUACACGUCCACAAGCAGCAACCCGUGAUCAAAUCCAGGCCAGAGCAAGAGGUACGGGUCAAGUUCGCCCCCGUCACUCCGCUAAAGUCCAGCAGAGACAGCGUUAUCACCAGAUCCAACUCGUAUCAUUUCGACUUCCCCAAAACCAACUUAGAAUCUUCAGACGAAGACGACGACAUGCCUGAGUAUAUUGAUCUGAGGGCGUAUUUUUUCAAAGACAACAACGAAGACUCGAACCUCGUUUCUGUCAGCCGGCAAGGAACCAACGUACAGACCAGCUCUAUCAGACGAGGCCAGGGACCGACCCCCAAGUUGACGACGGACAUGUUACAGGUAGAAACAGAGUUCAUCAACUCUAAGAUCAGCGACUUCAUGCAGAGCCUGGACCAGCGCCGACAGAGAAGAUCCAGCGACAGCGACACCAGUGAGGAGGACGAGCCCAUCAACAUACAGCAGCAGCCUACAGCGCCCAAGUUCGUGCUGAGAAAAUUCGCCAUGCCGACCAUAAAAAACGACCAGAUCCCGCCACCAUCUGACCCAAUACAGAAUUCCACAGCGGAGACAACUGGCAAUAAUCUGACUGACACGGCCGACACAGAAAAUGUAGCGAAGACAGAGAACAUUAAACCAGCAAAACCCAAAUACAGCUGGAAGUGUAUUCGAGGGCGGCGCGAUGGCAGCCAUCUUGGAGGUCAAAGCCCAGAAGCCAUGGUCCUCCAGGCGCUGACCGGUGUCCCUAUAAGUAACAACAUCCACACGCACGUCCCGCUGAGGUCGGCGUCUAGAGCCCUGCGGCACACGGCCACCUUCAAGAUGCACCAGAUCGUGGAGAAGCUGAUACACGAACGUACCAAGUACGAGAGGCAUCAGGCGGAGGAGAUCAAGAAACAGCUGGUGGAGGAGGAGGAGGCCAAACACACGGCGGACAUUGCUGGACAGGAGAGGAGGGAUUCUAUCCGGACAGUCCAUUCAGGACAGCAACUCUUUGUCUAGUGAGACCGUUGUGAGAGGUUUAACAUUGUACCCAGCAAAUAUUUGUCUAGUGAGACCGUUGUGAGAGGUUUAACAUUGUACCCAGCAAAUAUUUGUCUAGUGAGACCAUUGUGAGAGGUUUAACACUGUACCCAGCAAAUGUUUGUCAAGUGAGACCAUUGUGAGAGGUUUAACAUUUGGGCCAUCAACUGUUCGUCAAGUGAGACCAUUGUGAGAGGUUUAACAUUUGGGCCAUCAACUGUUCGUCAAGUGAGACCAUUGUGAGAGGUUUAACAUUUGGGCCAUCAACUGUUUGUCAAGUGAGACCAUUGUGAGAGGUUUAACAUUUGGGCCAUCAACUGUUCGUCAAGUGAGACCAUUGUGAGAGGUUUAACAUUUGGGCCAUCAACUGUUCGUCAAGUAAGACCAUUGUGAGAGGUUUAACAUUUGGGCCAUCAACUGUUUGUCAAAUGAGACCAUUGUGAGAGGUUUAACAUUUGGCAUAACAACUGUUAGACAUGUGAGACGUUGUGAGAGGUUUAACCGCAAAUGUCUAUGAAGUAAUGUGAUAAUGAAAUGCAUGUUUUAUUAAAAACUCGAGUUGUAUUAAUUAAGGUAUUGUCAGAGUGUGGAAAGGGUGUGUGUGUGUGUGACUAAGACUGCAUAUAAAUAUAACAUUCCAUAAAGAGAUUCAAUAAUCACUUGUUAAACAUACCGCUGAAAUCCACCUAGACCUAGGUUGUAUUAAAUUAAAAAUUAUUUUUUCACUUCUUCAAUUGUGUACAUUUCUAAAAUUUAAAUUAUGUUUUAUGUGUUGAGCUUAAAUUAAAGAAAGAAAUGUC